GAGGGCGGCGAGUGUAGAAUCCUCACCUGGUCUGGAGGUCGGGAGCCUGGCUUCCCGCAGAGGAGCGGCCGCUUCUGUCGGGCGGAGAGAGCCUUCUGAGCGCGAGAAGGCGGGGAGACCCUUCUCAGCCCUUCUGCGGGUGGAGAGUCGGAGGUGACUCCCAAGACUGCAGCAGCCGAGCGUGGAGGGCAAGCAGAGCCUCCUCCGCGCGCUUCCCCCUGCCUUGUGCCCACUUGGCACCGCUCUCCAGCCGCGGCGAGGGCGCGGGACUCGGUCACGCGGCGCCUUCCCUGCAGGCGGCUCUGCGGGGAGGGAAACGGCGGGAGAGACCGCGCGCUCUCCUUUCGGCGACUCACGGCAGAAACUGGACUUUCGGGAUAGGUGUCCUGGGGAGCCCCGUUCUUUAGCCCCGAGUUCAGCAGCUCAGAAAUGACAGCUCCAUCAAUGAAGGAAAGGAAGGCUUGCUGGGGAGCUCGGGAUGAGUAUUGGAAGUGCUUAGAUGAUAAUAUGGAAGAGGCAUCAAAGUGUGAGAAACUUAGGUGCUCUUUUGAAAAUGUGUGUCCACAACAGUGGGUUAAAUAUUUUGAUAGAAGAAGAGAUUAUCUAAAAUAUAAAGCAAAGUUGGAAGCAGGAGAAUUUCAGCCUUCAGAGACAACUGAGAAGUCAUAGCUACUCAUCAGCUUUUAUAAAUACAGCCACGACAAAGGAGCUUGCAGAAGAAGAGCACUUGAGUGAUACUUAAAAGUGUCAGUAUCAGUAAAGGACAGUGAUGGCCUAUGAAUAAUUUCAAAAGCUAUACUUGUUUAUCUGGCAUCGGUGUGAAGGCUCCUAGCCCCUAUGUACUUUGAAGUGCAUGGUGAAGAGAAGAGGCUCCCAACCGCACCUCACUGAAGUUGCUAAUACAAAUAAAGGGCAAAGUGGUGCACUGUAUCUACUCAAAUGUUACAUUGUGAGUUCAUUACCAGUUUCUUCUUUCAAGUACUUUCCUUUGUAUUAAUAGAACGCUUACAUCCAUUUUGAUAGUCGAUCUUCACAAGUGAAUAAAUCAAAUUAGCCAAAUGCUAGUUAUUGUGCAGUCA